UUGGUGUUGUUUUAUUUGUAUUUAUUAUUCUAAGUGUGUUGAUUUUUUUUUUGAUUUUUUGUAUGUGUUUUUUACGUUAACCCAUGUGGGAUGUUGUGGCGUUAAAAUGUGGAUUACAAACUUUGGACGAAAUUGGAUUACCAUAACGUCAAUACUAUUACUUGUUUUUCUUGGAUUUUCAGUUGAUUUAUCAACAGGCUUGGUAUCCUGCUCGCCAAACCCAUGUAAGAAUGGUGGAAAUUGCAUAUCACCGCCUCGAGCUGAAUCGUAUUGCAAUUGUACAUCAAAAUACGUGGGAGAAUAUUGCCAACAUUUAAAUCCAUGUGAUACCGGACCCGGACCUCGUUGUCAAAAUGGAGGCUCGUGUCAUGUACGUGUAUCACCCGGGGCAUCAUCACCGAGUUUUACAUGCUCUUGCCCAUUAGGAUUUAGUGCAUCAUUAUGUGAAAUUCCUAUAGCAAAUUCAUGUGACUCUAGUCCGUGCUUAAAUGGUGGGAUUUGUAAUUUAACAUCAUUAAAUAGUUACCAAUGCAACUGUGCCUCCGGAUUUACAGGUGAUCAUUGCGAAUUACAAGAUCAUUGUGCAUCACAGCCAUGUCGAAAUGGUGCUGAAUGUAAAUCCUUGGAUGGCACAUAUAAAUGUUUAUGUGCACGAGGGUUUUCUGGUGCCAACUGUCAAGAAGAUAUUGACGAGUGUGCAGCGAAGCCGUGUCGUCAAGGCAAAUGUUUAAACACAUAUGGAACAUACUCAUGUGUUUGCGAUGCGGGCUAUACAGGCAGAGAUUGUGAAACGGCAUAUAUUCCAUGUAAACCAAGUCCAUGUCAAAAUGGUGGACAGUGUCGUGAAAUUGAUAAAUUAAGAUACGAAUGUGAUUGUCCAACUGGUUAUCGUGGCAAAAAUUGUGAAGAAAAUAUUGACGAUUGUCCAGGAAAUCGUUGUCAACAUGGUGCUACCUGCAUUGAUGGUAUUAAUUCACAUACAUGUUUGUGUCCACCAACGUAUACAGGACGAUUAUGUGAACAAGAUGUUGACGAAUGUUCAUUACGACCAUCCGUUUGUCAAAACGGUGCUACUUGUACCAAUUACAUAGGUGGAUUUUCAUGUAUUUGUGUUAAUGGAUGGACUGGACCCGAUUGUUCAGUAAAUAUUGACGAUUGUGCAGUUGCAGCAUGUUUUAAUGGCGCUACUUGUAUUGAUCGAGUUAGUAGUUUUUAUUGUCAGUGUACUCCGGGUAAAACAGGAUUGUUAUGCCAUUUGGAUGAUGCUUGUACAAGUAAUCCUUGCCACGCUGAUGCUAUUUGUGACACAAGUCCUAUUAAUGGAUCAUAUACAUGUUCCUGUGCGUCAGGAUAUAAAGGGGUCGAUUGUUCCGAGGAUAUUGACGAAUGCGAACAAGGAUCUCCAUGUGAGCACGAUGGAAUUUGCGUAAAUACACCAGGAAGUUUUGCAUGUAACUGUACACAAGGUUUUACGGGACCGCGAUGUGAAACAAAUAUCAACGAAUGCGAAUCACAUCCAUGUCAAAAUGAUGGAUCAUGUUUAGAUGAUCCGGGUACGUUUCGAUGUGUAUGUAUGCCAGGAUAUACUGGAACACAAUGUGAAAUCGAUAUUGACGAGUGUGCCGACAAUCCUUGCAUGAAUGGUGGAAUGUGUCAUGAUUUGAUCAAUGCGUUUAAGUGCACAUGUGAAAUAGGUUUUACUGGCUCGCGAUGUCAAAUAAACAUUGACGAUUGUGUGUCAAAUCCUUGUCGAAAUGGUGGUAUCUGUCACGAUUUAGUUGCUGCGUAUACAUGUCAAUGCCCUCCAGGUUUUACAGGUUUAUCGUGUGAAACAAAUAUUAACGAUUGUCAAUCAUCUCCUUGUGUUCAUGGUGAAUGUAUUGAUGGAGAAAAUUCCUUUACUUGUCAAUGUCAUGCUGGAUAUACCGGAUAUCUUUGCCAAACACAAAUCAACGAAUGCGAAUCAAAUCCAUGCCAAUUUGGUGGAACAUGUCAAGAUCUAGUCGAUGGUUAUCAAUGCCGUUGUAAACCAGGAACAUCAGGUUUAAAUUGCGAGAUCAAUGUUAAUGAAUGCCACAGCAAUCCAUGUCGAAAUGGUGCAAGAUGUAUUGAUGGAAUUAACAGAUAUUCAUGUGAAUGUAUUCCCGGUUUUACUGGACAACAUUGUGAAACCGAUAUCAAUGAAUGCGCCUCAAAUCCAUGCGCAAAUGGUGGAAUAUGUAUGGAUUUAAUCAACGGAUUUAAAUGUGAAUGUCCACGCGGCUAUUACGAUGCACGAUGUUUGAGUGAUGUGGAUGAGUGUGCGUCAAAUCCAUGUGUACAUGGAGGAAGUUGUGAAGAUGGUGUCAAUCAAUUUAUCUGUCAUUGUCCUCCAGGAUAUGGUGGUAAACGAUGUGAAAUAGAUAUAGACGAAUGCGGUUCAAAUCCAUGUCAACAUGGUGGUCAUUGUCACGAUCAUUUAAAUUCGUAUUCAUGCGAAUGUUUAGUGGGAUAUACAGGUGUCAAUUGUGAGACCAACAUUGACGAUUGUGCGAAAAAUCCAUGUAAAAAUGGUGGUUCCUGUAUAGAUCGUGUUAACGAUUAUAACUGCGUUUGCGAACUACCAUAUACUGGCCGUGAUUGUCAAGAGAAAUUAGAUCCAUGUUCACCGAAUCGUUGUCGUCAUGGAGCGAAAUGUACACCCAGUAAUAAUUAUUUGGAUUAUGCGUGUGCGUGUAGUUUAGGCUAUACAGGACGGUUAUGUGAACAAGAUGUCGAUGAAUGUAUUGUAUCAGCACCGUGUCGUAAUGGAGCUACUUGUCGGAAUACAAAUGGGUCGUAUCAAUGCAUUUGUGCUAGAGGCUAUGAAGGCAAAGAUUGUACAGUAAAUACGGAUGAUUGUGCUUCAUAUCCGUGCCAGAACGGUGGAACAUGUUUGGAUGGUAUUGGAGAUUACACAUGUUUAUGUGUUGAUGGUUUCAAAGGCAAACAUUGUCAAGUUGAUAUCGACGAAUGUGAACCACAGCCUUGCCUAAAUGGUGCGACAUGCCGACAAUACGUAAAUUCAUACACUUGCACAUGCCCAUUAGGAUUUUCUGGAAUUAACUGCCAGACAAACGAUGAAGAUUGUACAGACAGUAGUUGUAUGAAUGGCGGAACAUGUAUUGACGGAAUUAAUAACUAUACAUGUACCUGCCCUCAAGGAUUUACUGGAUCAAAUUGCCAAUAUCGUAUCAAUGAAUGUGACAGCUCUCCAUGUUUAAAUGGCGCUACAUGCCAUGAUCACUUCACGCAUUACACUUGCCAUUGUCCAUAUGGAUACACGGGAAAAGAUUGUGGCGAUUACGUGGAUUGGUGCGCAACAAAUCCUUGCGAAAAUGAGGCAACAUGUCAACAAGUUGAUAAUCAAUAUCGAUGUCACUGUGCCCCAGGAUGGACAGGUAAGGUUUGUGACGUGGAAAUGGUUAGUUGUAAGGAUGCUGCAUAUCGGAAAAAUGUCAAACCUAAAUUCCUCUGUAACAACGGCACUUGCGAGGAUAUUGGAAACUCACAUCGAUGUCAUUGUCAAGAAGGAUAUACCGGUUCAUAUUGUCAAGAUGAAAUUAACGAAUGUGAAUCAGCACCAUGCCAAAAUGGAGCCACAUGUAAAGAUUUAAUAGGUGGAUAUGCAUGCCAAUGUACAAAAGGAUUCCAAGGGCCUAACUGUGAAAUGAAUGUUGAUGAUUGUCGACCAAAUCCUUGUCAAAAUGGUGGCACAUGUCAUGAUUUAAUUAACGAUUUUAGUUGUUCAUGCCCACCAGGAACGCUAGGCAUUAUUUGUGAAGUAAAUAUAGAUGAUUGUAUACCUGGAGCAUGUCAUAACAAUGGUACUUGCACAGAUAAGGUUGGUGGAUUCGAAUGUAAAUGUCCACUUGGAUUUGUUGGACCACGAUGCGAAGGUGAUAUUAACGAAUGUUUAUCGAAUCCAUGUGCAUCACCAGGUACUCUUGAUUGUGUGCAAUUAGUUAAUGACUACCAUUGUAAUUGUAAAGCGCGGUAUAUGGGACGUCAUUGUGAAUUAAAAGUUGACUUCUGUGCUAGUUCGCCAUGUUUGAAUGGUGGAGUUUGCACCACUGUUCCAGCAGGUCAUCAGUGUACCUGUCCAGGUGGAUUUUAUGGCAAAAAUUGUGAAUUUUCUGGAUUCGAUUGUGAUUCAAAUCCAUGUUUACAUGGUGGCACAUGCCGAAAUAUGGAUGGGGGAGGAUAUCGUUGUGAAUGUCCUAUGGGAACAACAGGAUCAAAUUGUGAACUAGAUGCUUUUGAUGAAUGUAGCAGUAAUCCAUGUCGACAUCCAGAUGCAUCUUGUCAAGAUCGUUUCGGUGAUUACGCAUGUUAUUGUCCUAGAUCAUGGUCGGGUAAAAAUUGUGAAACAUACGACUCCACAGCACAUUCUGGUUGGGGUAAACCAACAAAAGUUUCGAAUUAUGAUAAGAAAAAACCUUUGUAUAGUUAUCGUGACGAUUUAGAAUAUCAAAGGGAGCAGUGUAUUAAGAAGGGAUGCUUUGAAAAACGUGGAAAUCGACAUUGUGAUGAGGAGUGCAACACAUACGCUUGUGACUUUGAUGGAAAUGAUUGUUCAUUGGGUAUUAAUCCAUGGAGGAAUUGUACGGCAAAUAUACGAUGUUGGGAAGUAUUCGCAGAUGGUAGUUGUAAUGAAGAAUGUAACAAUCCACAAUGUUUAUUCGAUGGGCGAGAUUGUGAGAAAUCCUUACAACCAUGUAAUCCAAUCUACAAUGCAUACUGCCAAAAACACUACGCUAAUGGAUAUUGUGAUUAUGGCUGUAAUAACGCUGAAUGUAAUUGGGAUGGUUUAGAUUGCGAGAAAGCUCCUCCAGAUUUAGCGGAUGGUGCUAUUUCAAUAAUAAUUCUUAUGGAUAUGCAACAAUUUAAAGAAAAUCUAGUGGCAUUCUUACGCGAUGUCGGUCAUGAAUUACGAACAACAGUAAGUGUGAAGAAGGAUCAUCAAGGAAAUGAUAUGAUUUACCCAUGGCGCGGAUCAACUGAAACUGGGCUAGAAAACACAUACAUUGGACGUCAGCAUAAAAUUGCGUACGUUGAACAGAGUGGUGUAAAAGUAUUUUUGGUAAUCGAUAAUCGUAAAUGUAUGUCGGGAGGUGAUUGUUUCCCAACAGCAAAUGAGGCUGCAGAAUUUUUAGCGGCACAAGCUGCUCGACAUACGUUAUCAAAAGCAUUCCCAAUUUUCCAAGUCCGUGGCGAGAGUGAUUCUAGUGCAGAUUUUAUUGAUACACCAACCAACUUAAAAUAUGUGUUCAGUGGGGCUGUUAUUAUCAUUUUCACGGGUCUAUUGAUUGGUGUACUUGUAACUGCACAACGUAAACGGGCAGCGGGUAUAACAUGGUUCCCUGAUGGAUUUUUCAGUACUAAUACUGGUACCCGACGUAGAUCACGACGCCGAGGUCCUGAUGGACAAGAAAUGCGAAAUUUAAAUACAAAUCCAUCAGCUCCAUGUAUGGAUGUUGACAUAAACAAUCAUCAUCAUGAUAUGGGACAUGGGCAACAAUGGUCGGAUGAUGAAUCAGAUAUACCUCAACCGAAACGUAUGCGUGUGUUGGAAACUGGAUACUCUAGCGAUCAUACAGUGAUUACUGAUUACGAAGAACCUGAGCCACGAGUUUGGACUGAUCAACAUUUAGAUGCUGCGGGUAUACGAGCUCCACCGUCAAUGCUAACACCACCAGGAAUUCAUGACACAAUGGGUGAUGUCGAUGCACGUGGUCCUUGCGGUUUAACACCUUUGAUGGUUGCUGCGGUACGUGGAGGAGGUGUUGACACUGGCGAAGAAGAUGAGGAUGAUAGUAGUGCGGCUGUGAUUAGUGAUUUAGUUUCACAAGGUGCUGAUUUGAAUGCAACUAUGGAGAAAACUGGCGAAACAUCAUUACAUUUAGCUGCACGUUAUGCGCGAUCGGAUGUGGCCAAACGUUUAUUAGAAGCUGGUGCUGAUGCAAACGCACAAGAUAAUACAGGACGAACACCAUUACAUGCGGCUGUGGCUGCGGAUGCAAUGGGUGUAUUUCAAAUUUUAUUACGAAAUCGUGCUACAAAUUUAAACGCUCGUAUGCAUGAUGGUACAGCUCCAUUAAUUUUAGCUGCACGUUUAGCGAUUGAAGGUAUGGUGGAGAAUUUAAUUACAGCCGAUGCGGAUAUUAAUGCAGCUGAUAAUUCUGGAAAGACUGCGUUACAUUGGGCCGCGGCUGUUAAUAAUGUUGAUGCAGUUAAUAUUUUGUUAGCUCAUGGAGCUAAACCAGAUGCACAAGAUGAUAAGGAUGAAACUCCACUAUUUUUAGCUGCACGUGAAGGUUCAUAUGAAGCAUGUAAAGCAUUAUUAGAUUCAUUCGCAAAUCGUGAAAUUACCGAUCAUAUGGAUCGCUUACCACGUGAUGUAGCCACCGAACGAUUACAUCACGACAUUGUACGAUUAUUAGAAGAACAUGUACCACGUAGUCCGCAAAUGAUGAAUGUCAUACCAAAUGCGCUAGGAUCAUUAGGAUCCCCUCAUCACCAUCACCACCAACAACAUCACCACCAUCAGUUAAUAUCACAUCCAACAGUGAUUGGGCCAGUUCCUAAACAGAAUAAAUCAAAGAAACGUACAAAAGCGACUCCACAGCAACAAGCUCUAGGCGGUGACCCAACUAGUCCAGAUAGUGAACAAGCUGCAACAGCUGUUACAGGCGUACGUCGUAAACCAAGUGUCAAGAAAGUAACAGCAAAUAGUAAAAAGAAUUUGCAACAACAGCAGCAACAACAGCAAGCGCAACAAAACGAUGUUAUACCACAGAGUGUUGAUUCAAUAUCAUCGACAAUGAGUCCGGUGGAAUCACCAAAUCUUCAAGAUUUACCAAGCCCCUAUGAUGCAAAUUCAGUCUAUUCAAAUGCAAUACAACAAAUGCAACAAAUUGAGAAUGCAAUGUUAGUGAAUAAUAAUAAACAACCACCUAGCUACGAAGAUUGCAUCAAGAAUGCACAAUCUCUUGGAGGUGGUGCCGCUGGAGGUAUUCAUAAUUUAAAUUUAGAUACAUACGGACAUUAUGGUUUGCCAACAUUUCAUGAACAAAUGAUCAUGCAACAACGACAAUUGCAACCGAAUACACUAAGUCCACCAUACUCAAAUCAAUCACCGCCACAUUCGGUACAAUCAAACAUGUCAAUGUCACCCACCCAACAAACCACAUACGGUAUUGGUUCACCGUCUCCAGCAAAAACACGUCCAAGUUUACCAACAUCUCCGACACAUAUUGCAGCAAUGCGAGCUGCCACACAUCAAAAACAUGGUGGCAUACCUCCGACUACACAAAAUUUACAAAUGGGUUUUGAUUUUACACAAGCGGGAUUAGAAUUGCCACAACAUUCGUAUAAUAAUAACCCACAUAUGAGUGGGGGUGGUAAUAAUAAUGCAGCAGGGCUAGGUGGUGCAGGGGGUAUGCAGCAACAAUUACAACAAUCUCAGCAACAACACAAUUUAAAUCAACAGCAAUAUUCACAACAGAAUUAUCAAUAUUUAACACCACAAUCACAGCAUUCAACAGACACAACACCGCAGCAUUUAAUGCAAGCGCCAGAUAAUUUCCCUACACCAAGUCCAGAGAGUCCUGGACAUUGGUCAUCAAGUUCACCGCAUUCUUGUAAUUCAGAUUGGUCAGAAAAUAUAACCAGUCCACAAAAUGUUUAUGUUGCUGGUAGUGGACAUCAGAGUAAUAAGGGUGCUGAAGCUAUUUAUAUUUAAACUCUAGGAUGCAUGAGUGUGAAUUUUUUUGUGAGUUUAUUCCCCAAGAGGUAAGAAAUUGCAGGUAAGGCCGAAUGCAGUGUCUUUGAAGAUAUCGUUCAUUAUGACGUAUAAUAACAAAAAUGGCGUGCGAAUCGAAUGAUGAAUUUUUGCGCUAUGAGCAAGAUAUCUCACUUUGCAGUUUUCACCUCGAAGUUUGGAAUUGAAUAAAAAUCGUGUUGAAUGUGUAAUUGUAAGUUGUUAAUAAACACAGACAAACAUUUUUAAGUGAAGUGUUUUUCUUUACAAACGAUAUUUAAAAAAAAAAUUGUGCCUUCUAUAUUUACCCCCCGAACUAAGGAUUAGCGAAAAAGGACUUCCAUUUUUAAGAAGUGUUUUAUUGUAAAUAGUACAUAUUAUUUUAUUAUUAUUUUUCUACAAAA